AUGGCGAAAGAAAUGUUCGAACGCCUGUCGGUGGAUGCCGGUAGCCUUGAAUCAUUGGGUUUAUAUCGACUUGUUGAUGUUAGGAAUAGCUCUGUAUUCCAUGGAUGGUCGAAGGACACAUGUAGUGACUGUGUGCUGGACAACGACACCGGUCAUCUGCCUGGGUGCAUGCUGUUCAGCCACUCCUGGAUAUGCUCGACAAGCGCUAGCGAUCAGCAACACAGAGCCAGACAGCGUGCAGAACUAGCCGGCCUGGAUUCGAGCGAGCAACCCAUCGCCCUGAUCGGACAUGGCUUAGACUGUGACAGGUGCCAUACGGAUAUAGCGUGCAGCACUGGCAAGUGGCUGGUGGAUACUUUCCUGUUGCCAAUAUCUGAUAUAUUUAUAGCAGUAUGUCCAACAUUAGCUACUGAUUGUAGAAGUAAUCAUGGCAAUGAAUGUGGAAGAGAAGAAUCGACGGUCCGGAAUAGCCGUUAUUUGCCGGCGCUGCACCGACUACCUGAGUCAGAUAUUUUCAUAACGCCGGAAUACCUUGCAACUAGAAUAGGCCAUGACGGCCAACCUGUGCAUGUUGUCCAUGUUGGCUGGGAGGAUGAUGGAGUUUUCCUUGCCAAGCAUAUACCCACUGCUCAUUAUGUAGACCUCGGCACAUGGGAAGACGUAGUGACAAUGAACUUCCUCUCACCAGAUUGUUUUGCCGUUCGCACUAAUCCAGCAGUUGAUGCGUCCCGUGAGUGUUCUGGCUCAGCAUUUGCCAGACUUCUGAAGUGUCCGCGCCCCAAGAUAGUGCUCUAUGAUGACGGUGUGGGCAUCGCUGCGUCAAGACUGGGCGCGAUGCUGUGGUCGCUGGGCUUCACCAACCUCUCUAUUCUCUCUGGCGGCCUACGAGGUUGGUGUCGAGCCGGAUUCGGAACGGACCAGUUGCCGAAAGGCUCCCUAGUAUCCGUACCUCUCUUGGAGCAUGGCACUGAUGUGGAUGCGCAGUUAUCGGAGCACCGGGACAAUGGCGAUGUGUUUGUUGAUAUGGAGUUUGUACAGCAAGUGACACUCGGUCAGCACGAGAAUGCAGUGCUGGUCAGCUGCUGCUCGUGGAGAGAAUAUAUUGGCUGCGUGAGCGGCUACAAGUACAUAUCGCGCAAGGGACGCAUCCCCACGGCACGCUGGGCACUGUCUGGAGCAGGCAAGGAUGACCUGUGGCACUGGCAUGAUGAGCUGGGUGUUGCCACUGACUGGAAGCACUUGGCACGGCUAUGGGCCGUCGCCGGCAUCACGCACUCAAAGCACGUCAUACUGUACUGCGGCACAGGCUGGCGCUGUUCCGCCGCCUGGUUUUAUCUGCGUGCCCUUGGCUACCAACACGUCAGUAUCUAUGAUGGAGGCUGGCUGGAGUGGAGCUCGACGCCUUCCAACAAGGUAGCACAGGACGUUCCCGUGUCCGAAUGGUUCACCGCACUGCAAAAUGUCCUACCAUCCAGUUUGUUUGACCUUGAGUGUGGUUGA